CUGGAGGUGGCAAACGGCCUCUGAUUUAGAUGCAAAGGUGGUUCUAAUAUGUACACCGAAUCCUUUACUUGGGAAAACUCAUCAAUGAAUUUAGAUGAGAAAUUGCAAAAUUGUAGCAAAAACAACAAUCACCUCUGGCUUCUACCACAUUUCCAGUACUUAUGCCGCCACCAGCCACCUAUUCAGUACAGUCUACAAGCUAUAAUAGCACCAGCUAUUCACCCAAAGCUGGGAAUGGCACCCUAUAGUGGCAUCUUUCAACUGCAAUUCCGGGGUAAGUACACGAUCCUUAACAAAAAGUAGGCUGGGACAAUUUUACACAAAAUCCCCUGACUAACAAAUUUCACUUCUUCGAGUUUUGUUUAUUGGAUCAAUUCCAUCGAAACUCAAUUGAAUAGGUAUUUGAUUCGUUCUAUCAGUCCAAGCUAAACGAAUCAAGAUGUCAUAUUACGGUAAUAAUAGUGGUUACAACGGUGGUUACAACGAACAACAAUCAAGACCAUCAGGUGCGCCAGGUAGAUACGAAGAAGAAAGUUAUGGUAGACCUUCAGGCGCUCCCCAAGGUAGAUAUCAAGAGUACCGCCAGCAAGAAUCGUAUGGGGGCCAUCAGUCUGGUGGAUACGGUCAACAGGAAUCAUAUGGUCGCCAAUCUGGUUAUGGUCAGCAGGAAUCAUACGGAUCAGGCCGUCAAUCUGGUUAUGGACAGCAAGAAUCACACGGAUCAGGCCGUCAAUCUGGUUAUGGACAGCAAGAAUCCUAUGGGGGUCGCCAAUCCGGUUAUGGUCAGCAAGAAUCCUAUGGGGGCCGCCAAUCUGGUUAUGGUCAGCAAGAAUCCUAUGGGGGCCGCCAAUCUGGUUAUGGUCAGCAAGAUUCAUACGGAUCAGGCCGCCAAUCUGGAGGAUAUGGCCAAGAGGAAUCAUAUGGUCGCCAAUCUGGUUACGGCCAACAUGAAUCACACGGAUCAGGCCGCCAAUCUGGUUAUGGUCAGCAAGAAUCCUAUGGUCGCCAAUCUGGUUAUGGCCAACAAGAAUCACACGGGUCAGGCCGCCAGUCGGGUCAUGGCCAACAGCAAGCAUACGGAUCUAAUCAAGGGUAUGGUCAACAGGGAUCUGGCCAAUCAUUUUCAAGACCAGGCUCACAAGAACAAUCUUUCGGUGUAGAUGGAUACUCUUACCAAUAUUCUCAAUGUAAUGGUAAAAAGAAGGCUUUACUUGUUGGUAUAAACUAUAUUGGUACCAAAAAUGAACUUAAAGGCUGUAUUAAUGAUACUGAUAAUGUUAAACAAUUUUUAUUAAGCCAAGGGUUUAGCAGUGAUAGUAUAGUUCAGUUGAAUGACAAUGCUAAUAAUAGAAGACAAAUUCCAACUGUCCAAAAUAUAAGAGAUGGAAUUCAAUGGUUGGUGAAAGACGCAAGACCAAAUGAUUCACUUUUCUUUCAUUAUUCAGGACAUGGAGGCCAAACUGAAGAUAAAAAUGGUGAUGAAGCCGAUGGACUUGAUGAAGUUAUUUAUCCACUUGAUUUCGAAACAAAUGGAUUUUUAACUGAUGAUGAGUUACAUGAUACUUUGGUGUCUCCAUUACCAAAGGGUACCAGAUUAACUGCUUUAUUUGAUUCCUGCCACUCUGGAUCAGUCUUGGAUUUACCAUAUACUUAUUCAACCAAAGGUUUAUUAAAAGAACCAAAUGUGUUGGAAGAAGCAGGAUCCGGAUUAUUAGAUACUUUCAAAGCUUAUUCAAAAGGUGAUCAAAAGGCCAUGUUUAAAGGAAUACAAGGUGUUUUCAAAUCAGUUAUGAAUAAAGAUAAAGCUGAGAAAGCGGAAGAAUUAACCAAAAAGACAAAGACUGCACCAUGUGAUGCUAUUUUAUUGAGUGGAUGUAAAGAUGAUCAGACUUCAGCUGAUGCUAAAGAAGAUGGUCAAAGUACUGGGGCAAUGAGUUAUUCAUUCAUCGAAACCAUGAAAAAUAAUUCAAAUCAAUCAUAUUUAACCUUGUUGCAAAAUACCAGAGAAAUCUUAAGUUCUAAAUACAGUCAAAAACCCCAAUUAUCCGCCUCACACCCAAUUGACGUUAACUUACAAUUCAUCGUAUAAGUAAUCUACAAUUCAUCGUAUAAUUUAUGCUACAAAAUUUGUCUUUACUAGUCUUUAUAUAUAUUUUCC